UGACAAGACAUCAGAGGACCCACCAUCUCCCAUAUCUAUGGCAUUUGCACCUCCUAGAAACAUGGAUGGCCCCAAGCUACAAACCAAGAUGAGCACAUGGACUCCACUGAACCAUCAACUCAUGAAUGACAAGGUAUUUGAAGAAAGAAGAGCCCUGCUUGGAAAAUGGUUUGACAAGUGGACAGAUGGUCAGAGGCGGAGGAUCCUGGUGGACCUGUUGGAACGCUGCUCCCCGUCACAGCAGAAAUUCUGUGCCAAGCAGCUACAGGAUCGAAUCCCCACCGAGGCUCUAGAUUUUACCACAAAGCUUCCUAGAGUCCUGUCUUUAUACAUCUUUUCCUUCCUGGACCCCCGGAGCCUCUGUCGAUGUGCACAGGUGAGCUGGUACUGGAAGUACCUGUCUGAACUGGAUCAGCUCUGGAUGCUGAAAUGCCUGCGUUUUGGCUGGUACAUCAACUUCUCUCCAACCCCCUUUGAGCAAGGAAUCUGGAAGAAACAUUACAUUGAGAUGGUGAAGGAGCUGCAUGUCACGAGACCAAAGACUCCUUCAAAGGAUGAGUUUGUAGUUAUUGAUGUGCAACCAGUAAGAAGCAACAUCCCAGAGGCAAAACGUUCUAUGCCAGGAAGGAGGAAAAACAAGGAGAAAAAAGAGCUCCCACCAUGGCGUUCAUCAGACAGGCAUCCUACAGACACCAUCCGAUUCAACUACCUCGACAACUAUGAUCCCAUCGAGCAGGCUAGGCAGGCGUAA